UAUACCUUUGAAAGAUGAGGAAAUUUUCUUCUACGUCUCAUACGAUUUUGUGAGCUGGACUGAUACGAAUGUUGUAAGCAUCUCCAAACUGCGUACCGUUAUUAGUGUAGCCCUAAAUUGUGGAUUAGCUAAUCAUGGAAAUAUCUCAAAGAGCUUCUAUUAUUCUGGGGUUCAUCUUGUACUUUCAACUGAUGGCAAACGCGUCUCCACCGCAAUCCAGCACUGCAUUUCCAUCUUUGCAGCUUCAAUACUCUUCAAUUAACAACUCAGAGGAAAAAUUUGUGAUUCGCAAAUGCUGUGGUCCAGGCCAAGUGUACAACUUCAAUCGGGAAGAGGAUGUAGCCGAUCGUAGAGAUCGAUGUGUUAAACAUUCCAACACCAGCAGCAAUCCGUCUUCGCAAAACUAUUCUCGGCAGAUUUUCUUUGGCUCCGAGCAGACAGUGCCAUCUCAAUACGCCAUUGAAGAUGUAGAAAUCGACGCGGGAUUUCCUAGCAAUUGCACGCCGGAUUUCUUACUAGAACCCGACAUGAGAAUGGGCGAUCUCUUCUACCCAAUGCCAUCUGGCCAGCUGAUAGUGCCGCAUCGGUUUUGGGUUUUACAAAAUGAACACCACUGCAUAGAAGACUACUUCUUGGACGGAAAUUUCGAAGAGGCUAGAAGAAUAGCGUUUAUUUGUACGUCGCACAUCCAUCCGUUUCCCACAAGUGCCAUGAACGAUUUUGGAAAAUUACAAUUGGAUUUUAUCCGAUCGACGGCACCUGCGGAACUGACAGCCAUUGCCGGUAAAUCGGUUGUUAGAAAGUGCUGCGACCGAAACCAAGUUUAUUCGCAAAAUAAAGAGGAAAAAUGGUGCACUGAAACUAGAGGAGCUUCAACACAAUUCUUCGAUGAUCUUCAGUUCUCAAAAAGCGACGAGCUAUUCUUCCGGUUCGGAUUACCCAUUUGCUCCGACCCUUUUCUCUACCGACGACAAACAAGCGAUUUUGUAUUAAACUCGAACGGCAGUUUGGAAAUUAAUUCCGGUAGCAAUUUAGUUUCUAUUGAAAAUUAUUGCAUAGAGGACAUUGUCUACAAGGAUCCCGUUGGUUUACCCGUCACAUCCAAUCUCGCCAUUUUCUGCUCCAACGAAAAAGUAGAAGAUUUACUCGAAGAAGAUGCAGAGAAGCAGACCAUUAACGAAACCGCAUCUAAAAUGGUUGUUCGCAACGAGUCGAGUAUUAAAGUGAAUAUGCCCAAGUGUUGUCCAUCUGGAUCUGUGAUGGACGAGCGAGAUAACUCCUGUCAGCCACUGAGAUUAGAAGAAUACUCAGAUGCUGACACCAUUAUCUCACGAGCGCUGAACAACCACAUCCAGAAGAAUAACAACAUUUCCAUCACCUUAAUGGCAAACACAUCGAUUUCUUGCCAAGUCAUCGAAAACAUUCCUUUGCAAUCAGAGCAUCACAAAGUUUUGUUCGAAUCCGUCGGCGGAGAAAAUAAUAGUCUGUCACUUUUAACGCACUUUUAUUUUGAGAAUUAUUGGGAUUUAAAAGUGAAGCACCAGCCUUUUUGCGUGGACUUGGCACUUCUUCGAAAUGAAAGAGAAGUUUUCUAUCAGCCCAAAGCUUUUUACUGCACAUCAAAAUCUCAUCGUGUUUCAAUCCACUACCCGAUUCUUCUGCUGAUUUCGGCCGCCGGUUUAUUAGCCACGUUUAUUAUUUAUUUUAUUGUUCCAGCCUCCGGUUCGGCGAAAUUAGUUACAUCAGGAUUUGGAGGAGGAAGUAGGAAGAGGUCCAGAGUUACAACGAUGGCGAUGAUGUUGACUGGUCGAAUUUUAUUAUGCCACAUCAUUACCUUGUGUUUGUCGUUCAUGUCGCUGUCGAUUGUUCAACUAGAACUAGUAAGCCUACCGCAAGGCCAAACUUCAUGCAUAGUGAUGGGCUAUAUUAUUUAUUUCUCAUCGGUUGCGUCGUUUUCCUGGUUGACGGUGUACUGUUUCGAUUACUCCCGUAUCUACAGUGGAUCAUUCAAAGUUUCCAACGAAAUGCUAUUCAUUCUGUAUUCGGCUUUCGGUUGGGGUUUUCCUGUCUUGUCAAUGAUUGCUGCUUUGGUCACACAAUUCCAGUCUUCCCAGAUUGGAAUCUCGGAAAUUUUCAAUCCCAACAUGGGUCUCUUGAAUUGCUGGUUUGCUGAUGGCACUUCCGCACUGGUUUUCUUUUACGCACCCGUCGGGUCCUUGCUAAUAUUCAACAUUGCUUGUUUUCUAACUUUACUGUUCAAUCAAAAUGUAAUGCAUUGCUGGAGAGGAAAACAGGGAAUGACAACGCAUACCAAUCGAAACGCAUCGAAAGAUUCACAAGAGCAGCAAGAUUUCAAAAUGGCGCUGAAACUUUUUUUCAUCACCGGAAUUCCUUGGGUGUUUGAAAUCGCUGCGUGGCUCCCUAUCUACUUGAACGAUGACUCGUUAUUACGAACCAACUUCGUCUAUGUUUUCGAAAUCACCAAUUUACUUAAUUCACUGCGUGGCGUCAUCAUUUUCAUCAUUUUCAUUGUUUUGAAUCGAGACGUCCGUCGUUUCUUGUGGCCUCGUCUCAAGAGGAUUUUUGUCCGAGAGGAUUCAAAUAUCGUACGCAGUAAUCGAUCCAAUAUCGAAGACCCGUCGUCCUUCUCGACACAAUUGGGGAUGACGAGUUCCACUUCCAAUUCAUUCUGCAUAUCAGAGGGGAGAGACGAUUCGAAUUUUUCAGUGUAAAUAAAAUGAAGUUUAAGAAUUUUUUAUUUUUUAUAAAAAUAUAUACUGUGUAUAGACUUACGAUCGCUCAUGAGAUUACAAUCUACAAAAUUCAAACUGUA